CUCCGUGUGCGCUGUCUGUACCACAAGUGCCGUGUUCUCCUCUAUCUCUAUUGAACUCCCUGUAGCAACUUUAUUCUCUUGAUUAUUUGGAGCCUCUCUCUCUCUCUCUUCGUCAUCCCUCCUCUUUUUAGAACAUUCUUCCGAGAAUACCAAGAAAUUUAUCUGCCGGCCCUACCCGCUCGUUUCCUUGCAUUCGCAAUGCGACAGCCGGAGAUGGCCCACACGCCGGCCUAUUACCACGACAAUGGUCAGCUCAUGACGACCUUUCUCCACGAUCCCCGGACUCCGGAAAUCACCACUACACCAGCUCCUGCUCCUCACCCUCCUCCCGCUCCAGUCGCGGCCGCACACCGAUUAUCGGGGGUUUCGUCCGUACAAGAGGGUCCCUACCAUACAUACCGUCAUCAUUAUCCCCAUCAUUCCCUGUCUGGAUCCAUGGGUUCGCAGUUGGAACCACCGGCUCCGGCGUCAUCUCAUUUGGAGAAUGGUUCGGUAGUCACUCGCGAGUCGAAUAGUUCCAGGCGGAAAGAGCGUGCUCGGGGGAGUUUGUCGGAGCGUUCGUCGUAUAUGUCCGGAGAGCGUCCAUCGCGUACCCCUAAGCGACCCGUUUAUGACGAUGCGCCUGUUCCAGAUGACAAUCAGGAUGCUCUGGUGAUGCUGUUUCGUCUGUCCAUCCCAGUGCCAGUCGUCGCGUUCGCUACCUGCCUUUAUACCAUAUUUGGACUCCUUUUCGCGAUCCUUGUUUCUCCCCUUCGUCUCUGUCCUCCGACUGCAUACCUUAAAGAAACAUCGUUUCGGACACAGAUUUGCGAUCUGUUGGCCCCUGCAUUACAUGUGCACGAACGCUUAGUCGGCCUGAAAUCGUUCCCUCGUCGCUCCUCCAGCCAGUGGGUCUACGAUGACGACCCUGACACUUCAACUUCGUCGCCGUCGUCUGAGGACCGUAACCAGGCCUAUUCCGUUGGUGGUUUGAUCGUUGUGCUUUUGCUGUCACCAUUCUUGUCUCUUGCACUGCUUCUGACUGUGUGGAUUGCCGCAUCCUUUUGGGUAUUCGCCAUGGUGUUGGGCAAUCCCGAUGGCACCGAACGCAAAGAUGACGGUCGGGCCGCUGUCCUCGGAGUCUGUCGAUGGUGGCAGAAAUGGUUAGGCAAGGCGCGAAGGAAAUCUCGCUGAUUUGGAUUGAUUUGAUUUGAUUUGAUAUGCACCGCCCCACUUUGCAUUUGUUUUGUUUGCUAUUUGCCAUGAUACCAUUUGAGAUAUGUGGAAUGAUCUCGUGCUUUUGGGUUUAGGAGUAUUAUAUGGGUUGGAUUGCUGGCGCUGGAUCCCUUUUCUUUUCUUUUUCUUUUUUUUUUGAGUGGGAUUGUAUUUCUAUGGAGUACUCGUUUGCGCG